AGUCCAUUCCCUGUCCCGAUUAAGGCAGCUGUUGAUGCUAGUCAGGUGAAUUGUUAUGGUCCAGGCCUCCAGGAUGGACAAGUGCGGGCAGGCCAAAUUGCUAUCUUUACUGUGGACACUUGUAAUGCUGGAGAGGCUCCACUAAAGGCCACAUUCACUCCGAAACCAGAUGCCGAACCUAGUCCUUGUCGGAUACGGGCGAUACAGCAAGGCACUGGUCCUCAGCCAACCUAUCGGUCAGGUGAUUUGCUACCACCGGGCCUCUAUGAAGUCUCCUACACAGCCGAAUCGCCUGGCCUCUGUCAAGUGGCUGUCGAGUUUAAUGGAAAGCCAAUCAGCUUGCCUGCUAGUGGAGGUCAAGAUGAGGGGCUUCAGACUCGCGAGCCAGAAGACAUUGGAGACGUCAUUUCCAAAAGAACUGAUUCUGAGUGUAUAUACAGUGUGCUUGUACGACCGGCCAGCGAGCCGGAAAGAGUGAUGGUGACAGGCGAAGGCGUUAAAGGGCCCAUCCUAGCCAGCCUACCUGCCGCAUUUACUGUUGAUGCCAGAGAUGCCGGCAAAGGAGAAGUUACUUUUGGGUUAACUGAUAAUUCGGGCUGCUCUCUACCUGUCAAUGUGGUCUCCAUUUCCGAAUCCAUCAGCAAUCGAACUGGACAAUUGAUUAAUGGUCAUGUCGGUUCUGAGCGUCAACUCAACGCAGUUAACACUCAGUUACUGGCCUGCUCUUAUCAGCCUUUCUUGGUUGGUCGGCACACAAUCCAUGUUAUGUUCGCUGGCAAGGAGGUUAAAUGUAGAACCACAACAUUUGUGGGUUGGCACACAAUAUACGAGGGCAUUGAUGCCCAAAAUGUGCGCCGCGACGCCCCGGAGAACCGCGGCCACUUUACAGGUGCGCUGCGAAAUAUUGUAAAAGCUUCAAUUUGA